AUGGAGACAGAUGUAAUAGAUUUAGGCAAAUAAGUGUUUUUUAAUCAAACCUUACUACUCUAAUAAUGUUUUAUGUAUCAAUAAUUGGGAUAUAUUAAGAACGCAACAUUAAUACUUUCAUAACGUAAUAACAAUAUCAAAAUUUAAUAGAAUAUCCACCUAUAUAAUUUUUGAUCAUGAAAAAUUAUAUUUUACCUGAAAUAACAUUGUAAAAGAUUCAAGACUAAUCAAACCAACAUACAAUUUCCUAUUAAGUUGAUUUUUAUUUGGAAAGUAAACCAUAAAAACAGCUCUUUGAAUUAUUCUUGACCUUUAUAUAUACAGGGAAAGUAGUUUAUAGAAUUAGAGAAUAUUACUUGCCCUUACUUAAAUUAGCUAUAUAUUUUUAAUGUGAUAUACUAAUUCAAUGUUUAAUCAAUUAACCCAAAUCCUCUGGAAUAAUAAGAAACUUUUUCCUAAAAUUUUUAUGUGAUAUUUUUAAUGACUAAACUUACACUAAAAUCUUGCUCUCACAUAAAAAUGCUUAACAAUUUUUAGAGAAAAUGAUUAUAGAAAAUUCUCCUAGUUUUGUAGGACAUAAAAAUUGGGAUGGUUCUAAGAAAAAGGAAUAAUUUGAACUAUGUAUUAUAAUUAUGUAUGUUAGCAUUUAAAUAAGUAAAUCCAUAAUUAUUUAUUAUUUUUGCUGAUGUUUACAUUAAUGCCAAUCCUUAAAGAAUUACUUUUCUUAAUCAAUUUCUAUAUUUUAUUAAUAAGUAUAAAAAUCCUUUAACUAUAAUAAUGGAAGAUAUUUAUUUAGGAAGAAUGUAUUAAUUUUUUGAUGAAGAAUACUAUAAUUUACAUUAAGUUUGGCUUACUGAAAGAUGUAAAAUACAAAUACAAAAAACAUAAGAAAAGAUUUUAAAUACACCUUUUCAUAUGUAACAUUCAAAAAUAUGUGAUUUAGUGUAUUUGUUAUAUCUAUAUUAUAUAGAAAUAAAUCAUUUAAAGCUGCUUGUUCUCACUAGAUAUGUUUGAAUUGCUUAUUUGAAUAUUUAAUAUAUAGAUCAAAAUUUCAAUAAUAAAAUAAUAAAGUUCCACAAAAAAUUAGGUGUUUUACAAGAUUUAUUAAUAAAGAUAUUUGUGACUAUGUUUUUUAAGAUCAAGACUUCGAAGCAUUAAAAUAAUAUUAAAUUAAAGAAAUAUUAAAUUUAUACCUAUAAUAGAAAAUUUGA